CCCGGGGCUGUUGCAUGCACCACAUUGAGAAAACAAAGGAAGUUAGUAAGGUAGGAGGAGGGAGUGGUGAUGGGCAAUGCGGAUGAGAAGUAUUGCAGGAAUCAAUUGCAUCAAACUCGGAGGAAGAGCAAGUGAUAGCCUUUAAUGGUAACCUGGCAGGGAAUCCUAAGAUAAAGGAGAAGGUACAGUAUGUGGCCCCCCAGUGCUGUAAUCCCAGAGUAUUUCACUUCAGCCUCCAGUUACUAGAGUUGAGACUGUUUCUUUCUGGCCCUUUGCAGAGAGAACAAUUUCAUCGGAUAACUUUUUAAAUUGCUAAAAGCAGCUGCUCUUUCCCAGCCUUCUGCAGUUUGAAGAUGUUUCCCUCCUAAGAUCUGCCUCCCGUGAACCACCCUGAGACCCCCAGGUAUAGGGCGGUAUAUAAAUUAAAUUAAUAAUAAUAAUAAUCACCUUUGCACGUGCAACCGGCCGCUGCUUUGUGACCACUCAAUGUUGACAGUUCCCACUGCUGACUGGGUGUUGUGCACAGUGCCAAUUUCCCUGUUGUUACAGAGCAGUGUCUUUUUCCCGAUCCUGUGUUAGCCAUGCUGCCAGUGGAAAACCAUAUCAAUCCAAAUGUUAAGCGUAAAGAGUUGAUCUUUCUUAUGACAGCAGCAAGACAAAUAGCUGCUUCCAACUGGGGGAGAAAAGCACAACAGACACGUGGACCCAAUGUAAUGUGGAAUAUAGCACUUACAGAACGCUGAACUGACCGUCGGAGGGUGAUAACAAGAAUAACAAAGAAAGAUGGCUUUGUCUUCCUAGGGUCUUGAUUUAUAUCGUUUCGUAACAAUGAUACAGUACUCUCUCUUCUGUCUGAUGGCUCAUUCAAACUUCUGUUUCCCCUGCAACUUCUGUUUCCCCUCGGCAAACUGUGGUUUACCUCUGAAUCAGAACCAGCAGCAACCAGGUUCCCCAAAGGGUGCCGUUUGUUCCGAUUCAGUGUUAAAUCGGAAAGCAGCAGGGCAAAGGGAAAACCACUCGGACCUGUAUUUAGAAAUCAGGGAACAAGUGGAAGCGUGUGCCAUGACUUGUAGAAGCCAACUGGCCUAGAAAAUGUUAGCCUUGGGCCCACUGUUGGUUGUUGAUACCACACCAGUGCGAUCAGCAGAGCAUGCACUCCUCCAGAACACCAAAGUCUGUAGUCGUCCUUUUACAGAGUUCCCGGUUAAGAAAACUCCUUUCCAACUCAGUCCAGUUUAGAGUAUGAAAUGAAGUCUCCGGCCUUCUAUCUGUCAGCCUUCCUAACAAGGCUAGAGAGGCUAGCAAAUAGAAGGCUGGAAAGCCUCUUUCUGUUCUUCCCUUGAGAGAUAUGCAUUUGGGCUGAUUUGCCCAUUUUUCCAAACUAUUGAUUGUAUACCGCUUAGACUUCACUGUACAGCCCGAUGAUUACAGGGUUUAACAUCGGUACAUGCGUUUGUCGCAGAAGGCAACACUUUACAUUUGCUAUGGGUUUUUUUUUAAUUCAAAAAAAGUUUGUAAAUAAGUGAAUAAACCCCAGAUGGGCAAAAGUGAACCUGAUGGUAAAUCUUUCCCUCGAUGAGUCAUCUUCACACUCAGUUUUUUUGGUUUAAUUUCUUCUUGUCAUUCAAGCUAUGGCACCUAAACCGAAAGCAAAACCGAAAGCAAAAGCCCCUCCAAAGAAAAAAGCACCCACACCAGGAUCGCCAUCGCCACCGCCACCGCCACCACCACGAAAACCUAUCGUUCUUCUCAUGAAUGAAACCCGUGUGAAAGUCGUGUGGACUGUCAUCACUAUCGCUAUAAUAACCUUAAUCGCCGUGGCAAUCGGGAUGGGUGUUUCCUGUAAGUUCAGCUCCCCCUGAUCUUGCACCCCCCUGAACCAUCCCAAAUAAAUUGUCCUACUUGGGUUCUCCCGCUGAAAGGGGACUAUAUUCUCAUUGCAGCGUUUUGGGCUCGAUGACCCUUUCAUAGCUGUCAACGUUUCCCUUUUUUUAAGGGAAAUUCCCUUAUUCCGAAUAGGAUUCCUCACAAGAAAAGGGAUAAGUUGACAGCUAUGGACCCUUUGGGUCCCUUCCAACUCUACAGUUACUAUGAUUAUAUAGGCCAGACUGUUACCUAGGGCUGGGCGAUGUCUGGUUUCCAACAUUGUGAUACUGUAUAUCACUAGCUAAGCAUUUCGAUAUACCAAUAUAUCACAAUGUCUGAAAUAAAGAUGGAGCAUUGGCUGGCUUCAUGGUUUCCCUGACAUUGUGAUUUUUGCAUAGCACACACGUCAUGGUUCGCGAUAUAUGUUAGGACCGUCCUACCCUUGUGUAGAACCCUGGCAGAGACUGGCAUGCCUGACUGGCAUGUUCUCUCCCUCCUGGUCGAUCGUUCGGGAGCUUCAAAAGCUUUCUUCAGCCUGAACAUCACAGCGACUGAUACCAAGAAGCAUCAGCACACUUAGGGAUCUGCAGAGAAUUCGCAGUUUGCGUAACAGACCUCAGUAGCACAGCAUUUUGGCUAAUCUACAUUUAUUUACAUAUAAUACACUCGGAGCAUUCUGACUUAGUUCCUUCCUCUUUCUCAUCAGACAGCAAAGAGAGGAAGGACAAAGGACAAUAGUCCCACUUCACGGAACACAGUAACAUUAACAUCCUGUCUCUGUCACUUCCCACACUGUGGAAUGAAAACAUACACCAUCAUGGGAUAUAUUACAAUCCCAUGACUGCAAAGAUGGAGCAAGAAUCCUAACAAGGUCAAAAAUUAUGAAACCGAUAUCACGAUAUGGACUUCAAACUGGUUUUGGACAGUAUAUCAAUAUAUCUCCCAGCCCUAGUGAGCAAGGGAGCGCAGGGUUGGGCCUGAAGGCCACCCCACAUCUAGAAUGCAUCUGUUGGCUGUGCCUUUAGUGAAUAUGAGAAGGGACGGUUGGCAGGGUCCCUGGUCAUGUGGCCAGAAGAGCUGGGUGUUCUUCAUGCACCAGAGAUGAGGCUUUCCCAAGUGGCCCCCUCAAGCCCUUUGCACUUUGAGGGGUUCAAACCCAAGUCCCCACUGCUGCCCUCUACAGCUGAUGUUGCAUGGAUAGAGUUGCCAUCUGUCUGGAAGUGAGAGCUGGACCAUAAAGAAGGCUGAUCGCCGAAGAAUUGAUGCUUUUGAAUUAUGGUGCUGGAGGAGACUCUUGAGAGUCCCAUGGACUGCAAGAAGAUCAAACCUAUCCAUUCUGAAGGAAAUCAGCCCUGAGUGCUCACUGGAAGGACAGAUCCUGAAGCUGAGGCUCCAAUACUUUGGCCACCUCAUGAGAAGAGAAGACUCCCUGGAAAAGACCCUGAUGCUGGGAAAGAUGGAGGGUACAAGGAGAAGGGGAAGACAGAGGACGAGAUGGUUGGAUAGUGUCUUCGAAGCUACCAGCAUGAGUUUGACCAAUCUGUGGGAGACAGUGGAAGACAGAAGUGCCUGGUGUGCUCUGGUCCAUGGGUUCACGAAGAGUCGGACACGACUAAACGACUAAACAACAACAUGUCUGGAAUUUCCUGGACAUAGCCAGCAAAACUAAAGGUGAUUUGAGAUUUUGCAAACAAAACACACCAACCUUUUGUAUCCAGAUUUCCACUUUUUGAAAUAUGGCAACCUUAUGCAUGGAUCAACGGCAGAUGAGAGCCAUGGAGCCAUCGCUUUGCAGACUUCAGUGCUAAACAGGUGGACAUGGGGAGGGGACAGGGGCAGUGAGAGUCACAACCGCUGGAGGGGGUGAGUGGCAGACAAUGUUUUCCUUCAAGCUGUAGAACUCCUUCACACAUGCAACGCACCAAGAGAACUUCAUUUAAGACCUCGUGCUGGGUUUAAAACCCAAUCAGUAAUACAAAUAUUCUUUGUUGGGUCUAGCGAUGGGGGAGAAACUCAGUCCGGGUAACAUUUGACACUGAAUCUAUCUGCACCAACAUACAGCCGACCUCAGAAAUUAGCACGUCUCUGAAUUUUUCGAUGCCAGCGUUUAUGAAAAUGUAUAGAACACAGGAAAUGUGCAUAAAAAUGAAUGUCGCAUUUAAAAGUCAGUACAGUGGUGCCUCGCAAGAUGAAAUUAAUCCGUUCUGCGAGUCUCUUCACCUUGCGGUUUUUUCGUCUUGCGAAGCACGGCUAUUAGCGGCUUAGCGGCUUAGCGGCUACUAACGGCUUAGCGGCUUUAAGAAAAAGGAAACAAACUCGCAAGAACUCGCAAGACGUUUCGUCUUGCGAAGCAAGCCCAUAGGGAAAUUCGUCUUGCGGAACGACUCAAAAAACAGAAAACUCUUUCGUCUAGCGAGUUUUUCAUCUUGCGAGGCAUUCGUCUUGAGGGGCACCACUGUAUAGGAGAAAUUUGUAAGAUAUUAGGAGAAAAAAAUGUGUGUGCAUUACUCAAAACAGCAUACACAAAUGUGCUUAUUAAGAGCAAUUCACAGGAGAAAGCUGAAGAAUUUUCAUGAGUCUUUAAUAAUAAUAAUAAUAAUAAUAAUAAUAAUAAUAAUUGCAAAAUGCUUCAGAGAGAUGGAGCGUUGCAUUUAAGAUUAGAAAAGUGGAGAGUAUUGAAAUGAAGACGAUGUAAAUAAUAAUAAUAAUAAUAAUAAUAAUAAUAAUAAUACUCCCAUCUGACUGGGUUGCCCCAGCCACUUUGGGCAGGGCAACAGGUCCUCGGCAGGUUAUUCUCCUUUGCCUCCUGGAAGUGAAAAGUCCUUUAUAGACUCCUAGGUAUCAGAUGAAGCAGAUUGGGGCAGAAAUUGGGCACCUGCAAAUCUUAGCACUCAUCCUUGUCUUUAUAACUUUAGAUCGUAAGCUGAAAAGAGCACCUAAAGAUCCUCGCACAGAUCCAUUGAUCACGCUAAGGAGCACAAUGGCUGCCUCACUAAACCGUCCUAAGAUCAAUUCCGAAAAUGGUAAGUCGAAGAGCAAGGAUGGUUUGCUCCUGACUGGGUUUUAAAAGGGGAUGGGGGCUGCUUCCAUUCCACUGAAGCAAAUAUGAAGGAGCGCCUUGAAGGCAUCGCAGAUAAGACACAGAUGUAGACUUUUGGUCAGGCUUUAAGGGAAAUGUCACUUCUUCUGUUUACCCCAGGUAUGCAAGUAACUUGCAACUUACAUGCAUUUAACUUGCAAGAUUUCAAAUUUAUGUGCUGGGUGGCCAGGCAGUUGAAAUUACAUGAAUUGAAUGCAUGUAAGGCAUAGCGCUUAAAAACUCUUUUUGCACUGAGUUUUCCUGGCACAAGAAUAGCUUUUAACCUCUCUACUUUGCUUACUGGGCUCUGGGCAUCUUCUCCCAUGUGCUCUAGAGUCUCUUUUGAGAUCUCUCAUGGCCCUGUGAGAUCUCAUGAGAGCCUCCAGAGACAGCAGGAGAGGCUUCUAGAGCCUGAUAAGCAAAGUGAAGAGCCUAAGAGUUAUCUACCUUGUGUGUGUUCGCAGGGAGUAAGGUCCACAAUGUGGGAAUGUUCAGGGAUGCAGGAGAGGAUAUAUUGUUUGAUUAUAGCCUUUCCAACUUGUGUAAACAAGUUCACAAUUUAGCAGAGUAACAUUCCCCCUUUUUAAACUUGCAGCGGAUGCGUUUGCUCAGGCUCACUAAAGCCUCUAUAAUAACCGUUCUGGUAGUUCCCCCUUAUUCCCUCAUAAAAGAUAAGACAUGACACAGUCUUCUAUAAAAGUAUAAAAAGAGUUUAUUCACUCACAUUCUGUUCACAAUCAGAUCCCAGAAGGCAGACUUAGCUUAGAAAAGUAACAUACACCUGGAAACAUAAGGAGACAGUCCCUUUGUCCUCUUUUGGCUGGAGGCCAAGAGAGCAUCUUUGGCUAAGCAGAUGUUGCUUCUUCGAUGCAUGUGGUGAAAGAGAGAGAGAUGGCUGCCCUGCCCUGUGCUUUUGUCAUUACCUGCACAGGUGAGGCCACACCCACCUCUAGUCACAUGCAGAGGAAGGCUGGGCUGGGUGGGUUCUGUUAUCUAUAUCUAUAUCAUCUAUAUCUAUAUCUAUAUCUAUAUCUAUAUCUAUAUCUAUAUCUAUAUCUAUAUCUAUAUCUAUCUAUCUAUCUAUCUAUCUAUCUAUCUAUCUAUCAUCUAUCUAUCUAUCAUCUACCUUUUUAAAAAUAUAUUUAUUUAUUAAUUUUUAAACAUAAAAGUUCCAAAAAUCAUUUAACAUAACUUCUUAUACAAUGUUUUAGACUUCCGUCAACAACCUCUGAUGAUUUUCCGUUCUUUAUCACAUAUUCUCCAUUUAUUAAUUUCUCUUUUACUUUUAAUUGUCCUUAACUAAUAAUUCUUUUCAAAGCCUUCCUUGCAAUAUUUCACAAAGUCCUCCUUGCAGAACUUCUUGCAGUCCUACUAGCGUAAUCUGUUUAUCACAAUUGCUUUUCAAAUAAUUCAAAUAUUUACUCCAGUCCUCUAAGAAUCUCUGAUCCCACAGGUUUCGAAUCCUUCCUGUUAAUUUAUCUAAUUCUGCAUAGCCCAUUAAUUUCAUUUGCCAUUCUUCUUUCGUCGGUAAUUCUUCUUGCUUCCAUUUUUCUGACAAUAAUAUUCUAUCAUCUAUCUAUCAUCUAUAUCUAUCUAUCUAUCAUCUAUCUAUCUAUCUAUCUAUCUAUCUAUCUAUCUAUCUAUCUAUCUAUCUAUCUAUCUAUCAUCUAUCUGUCUGUCUGUCUGUCUAUCUAUCAUCUAUCAUCUCUCUCUCUCUCUCUCUCAUCUCUCAUCUAUCUAUCUAUCUAUCUAUCUAUCUAUCUAUCUAUCUAUACUUAUCUAUCUAUCAUUUCUCUCUCUCUCUCUCUCUCUCAUAUCUAUCUAUCUAUCUAUCUAUCUAUCUAUCUAUCUAUCUAUCUAUAUCUAUCUAUCAUCAUCUAUAUCUAUCUAUCUAUAUCUAUCUAUCUAUCUAUCUAUCUAUCUAGUUUUGUUCUCACACCAGACUUCCCUGGUUGUAAGGCUAAGAUAUAAAUACUUAACUAUAACAAGCAAAUGUGUCUGUGGUGGUGAAGGUGAAGAAGAAACCUUCUAACUGUGGGAAUGCUUAUAGCCAUGCAGGUAGCAGAAGAAGUGAAGACAUUGCCAGACCAUUUAGAAGAGGCUGAAAAGGCCUACAAGAAACGGAAACUGAAGUACCGUAAGUAGCUGCAUGCCUGAACUCAGCACUUUUUGAGAAUGCAAGGGCGAUCAAAUGGCAAGAGGCGCAUGCUUAAAUUGCAGAAAGGACACGCCCCCCCCGGCUGGCAGGCACAAAGAUUAGAGGCCACUUUGGUUGAACGCCAGAUGUGGCACAGAGAGGAAGCUAUGAAACACAUCUGUUGGCUCUUGCGCAAACAGAUUGCGCAAACAGGCAGAAGCGCCUGCGUUUGAAUAUUUGAUGGCAUUUUAUUGAAAGACAGAAAACUAUAUACAAAACAGAAUCCUUUUCUUUGUCGCUUUUCUCUCUGUUGCAUCCACCAACACUACUGUUCACCUCGAACUGCCUGCCAUGCAGGAGCGCCAUCUUGGCCCCACAACUGUGGGUGCCCGGGGCCAUGGGUGCCAUGCAGUGUGCAUGGCUCUGGCACCGAAAUUUGUGAGUGCCCAGCCCCUUUGUGGGGAAUUUUGUGGGUGCCCGGGCCCCCAGGCCCCCAAGGAGUUGGCACCUUUGCUGCCGCUUACUGUACCAAGGCCAAACUGUAUUGACAGCUUCUGAGCUCCAGUGUCCUUGAGCUUAGUCAACAGACCAGGUGCAUGGCCCUGACCCGGGCAUUUCAAUUAACUGUUGCAGAGUGCAUAAAUUACUGACAAUAUCAGCAUUCAGAUCUCUGGGCAGAUGUAUGCAAAACCCUCUCUCUCUCACAAUCAGACCUCUCUCAGCUUCUGCCCUCCGGGGAUGGAAGCAUGUGUCAGUUUUGGUUUGUCUCAGCUUCUCAUUUUUCUGGUCUUCUCAAGAUUUCCACAUCCACUUGCAAUUUGUUUUUUGUUUUGUUUUUUAAAGAAAAGGUUCUCACAAAAACAAACCAGCAUUUUGGAGCAAGCUUCUUCCUCAUAUGCACAUAGUCAUAUGAAAUUGUGCUAUAUAUAUAUAUAUACUUUGGCAAAAUGAUUUCAGCUCACAAGAUGCAUUCUUGUGUGCUACCUCCGCAAGACAUAAGCAUUUAACACAAACUUCACUUUAGUAUAUGCAUUUUUGCGAAAUUCCUUGGCUGGAGAACUGAAAUUCAAAAUUCAGAAAAUUCGGGGAAUGGUUGUGUUUCAGGUCAUGCAUUAUUUCAGAAAGUGCUGGCUGGGAGGGUCAUGGUUCUGCUGCAAGAGGACCUUGGCUCCACCUCACUGUGGAGCAGAGCUCUAGAUUUUAAGCAUGUGUUGAAGUGAUGGGUUGGUGUUCCUGGGCUCACAGAAAAUGGGGAAAUCUGAAUUCAGUUCUAAUGGAACACAGAAGUGGGUUCUGCAGCAAUUCCCAAUACUUCUUAUAUUUGGGGUCCCUCCCUUCCCAUAAGGAGCUCAGAGCAGCGUGGAUUGGAUUAUCCAAUUUAUCGGCACAAGAACCCUUGUAGGUAGGCUAAGCUGCAAGAAUUAGCCCACGUCACCCAUUGUUCCUCAGGGAUGAGCAGGGGUUGAAUUCAACUAUGUACAGAAGAGAAUACAUUAUCCUCUUCUUCCUACUUAUUUCUUCUUAGAAUCCUUCUUCCUUAAAGGUGGGAAGUCUUCUGGUAGGUGGGAUGCUUUUGGGAGGAAUCUCUACUACAUUUCAAAAGGAAAAAAGAGCUGGUAUGAUGCUGAGAAUUUCUGCGAGUCCAGAGAUGCCCACUUGGCCUCCAUCCUGACUGAUGAAGAACAGGUUAUUUACAUCUGCUUCUCUCCUUUCUGUUCUCGCAUGCAAAUAUUGUACGAUUUCUUGCCUGCUUCCUAUCCACACAUCCCAGCUGGAUAGCUCGGUUGGUUAGAGUGUGGUGCUAAUAACGCCAAGGUUGCAGGUUUGACCUUCCAACUCGAUGAUUUUGCUACUAUUCUGCCUUUGUAGCAACAAUGCAAUGGCUUGAAAAUUCUGUCCCAAAUAGUCCCGGGGCUCCAUGAAAGCUUACAAGAGGCUCCUCAAUUAAAUUAGAAAUGACAGGCAGGCUUCACUGAAAGGCAUUUGUCCCUCCACGUCUGACCUUUCUGGAACAGGAGAACAUGGUUCUUUGGCACAAUCCCAUUGCACAUGCAGAGAUGGUGAAGCCCAGUAGGCAAUGGUAGAAUCUCAAUGUAAAGUCAUUAUAGAACACAGCCCAGAAUAUUUUGCAACCUGCAGAGGCUCCAUUACAGUUGUGUAAGCAGUUUCUUGGCUUAGAACCUGGGGCAGAGAAUUUUUUAAAAUGAAAAUUGUUUAUGUGGGUUACACUGAACCUGUUGCAGAUAUUAAUGCUGUGCAGUUUGAAGCGACUGGAAGCAUAAGAACUGAGGCCUUUGGCAAUGAAGCCUUGUCCAGGCCCAUAAAAAUAUUAUUCAAAGUUUUACUGGCAGAACUCUUCAAAAACAGAACACAAGCAUCAAAGAUACAAUCAAAAUAUCUAUACAUUGUCUUGUGCUGUCCAGCACAGGCUCAACAUCUUAGAAAAGGUGAAAUGAUCCAAGCAGACCGAGAAGCAGAGGUCUGUUUCUCCCCACAGCCUGCAUUCCAGCCUCCAUUGGCUUUAGGCUGCUUACUCUCCCUUCAGGAGAACUUCAUUUGUAGCCUCAUUCCAUAGAGUUUAGGAGACAAAGGAAGCUUUCAAGAUGGCGAAUUUGCAACCCAACACCUCUCACAUGAUCUAAGGUUACAACACUCACAUGUUAGCUACCAGAGAACAACGAUCAGUUAAUUCUCAACUCAGCAAGAGCUCAGAGUGCUCUUGUUGGCUUUAAUACAGCCCCAUGUUAAACAUUUCAGCAAUAUACCUUUAGCCAUUCUUCAUCUCUGCGACAAUUAAACCAAUUAUACUGCACAGAACCUAACUUUUCUUACCACACAUUUAGGGCACAGUUGGCAAAUCUGUGAAGGCUUACCGACAUGUGCAACCCUAGGCAGGCUGUUGUCUCUUUCUUGCCUCAAUGACCUGACACAAUGUCGAGUGAGGUUGUUCCUUCUUUCUACAGAACUUUGUCACUUCCCUGCUCAGUGACCCCACUUGGAUUGGCCUUACAGAUGAAACGGAGGAAGGCAAAUGGGAAUGGACAGAUGGCUCCCGAUUUAAAAAAGAGUAAGUCUGAAAUAGGCGGUGUUGAGGAAUUGUUCCCAAACACUAGAGGAAAAGUCAAGUCAUCUUGCAGAAAUUGCCGCAGCAUUUCACACAGGAGUGUUUCCUGUGUCACGGACAUUCAUGGACCAGGGUGUGUGUAUAUGUGAAGGCGGGAGGCGCAUAAUGGAGUAAACCCCUGAACACCUUCUUUCCCUGUUCUAAGAUAUGCACUGUAUUAUGGUGUUCAGAUGGUUCUUUCCCAGGUAUAGACGAGCACACUUACUUGCCUGUCAAAUGUCCCACACUGUUCAGAAUCUUAAAAGGUAAAGGUAAAGGGACCCCUGACCAUUAGGUCCAGUCGUGGCCGACUCAGGGGUUGCGGUGCUCAUCUCGCUUUACUGGCCGAGGGAGCCGGCGUACAGCUUCCGGGUCAUGUGGCCAGCAUGACAAAGCCGCUUCUGGCGAACCAGAGCAGUGCACGGAAAUGCCGUUUACCUUCCCGCCGGAGUGGUACCUAUUUGUCUACUUGCACUUGGGUGUGCUUUCGAACUGCUAGGUUGGCAGGAGCUGGGACCGAGCAACGGGAGCUCACCCCAUCACGGGGAUUCAAACCGCUGACCUUCUGAUCGGCAAGCCCUAGGCUCUGUGGUUUAACCCACAGCGCCACCCACGUCCCUAUUCAGAAUCUUGCAAGGGUCCAAAUACAGUCUGAUAUAGCCUCUCCUCUUCCUGGGAAAAGGAGACACCCAUCCCAUAGUUAUUUUGAGGUGUGGUUAAGUUUCUGUGUUACGCUUCCCAACUUGCAGGGAUUUCUUUUUUAAAAUAAUAAUAAUAAUAAUAAUGAUGUUGGGGAGCGUCUAAAAAUGUGGCCCUCCUGCCUCCCACAAUCCAAGGGGGCUGCAUCCCAUUCUCACCCCACAGGUCUCAGCAUGCCUUGCUUCCUCCUCAUUGGUAGACCCAGCCUGUCUCUAUCUUUCCUGUUUAAUGGGAAGUCUUUCCGCAGGUACUGGUCUCACAAUGAGCCUCCCCACAGACAGCAAAACAGAGAAAUAGAGGAGGACUGUGUCUCCAUUGUGCCUGCAAGUAACAACUAUAACUGGAACGAUGCCUACUGUCACGAACAGCGCAGAUGGGUUUGUAAGGAAAACCUGGAUAUCGAAGAACUGUAAAGUUGGGGGAACCAACGCUUGUGUGAAGACAGAAUGCUUUGCAUUUCACCAUCCAACCCCAUGGAAAGCCUUCAGAGCUACAGAAUAAACAUAAACGUCCGAUUCCAUCCAGGCACCGUUCCUUUAGCUGCCUGAAACCAAGAGAG